AAACACUACUUUGUUUGGUUUUGUUUGUCCUACUCUCUCUCUCUCUCUCUCUUUCUCUCUCCCAUCUAAAGACCAGCUCCAGUUUGUUCUCUGCCGCCGGCAGCCAGAUCUCCGGCAAUGGGUCAUUUCUCAGAUAGAAAGAGGAACAUUGAAGAAUAAAGUGCUGUUCAAGUUGAAGAUCAAGACAGAUUCUGAGAUUUUGUGAAGUUAAAAUUUUUUUAGCUGGAGGUUAAAGAGAUCUAGAAUUUACUUGAAACAAUCAGAGGAAAAGUUGUGAAAUCAUAGAGGGGAGGAAGGGAGAAGGAGAAGAAUUUUGCCUGUUUGUUUGUAUAGCUGUGGAAUGGAUUCUGGGAUAGGAAGUUUGUUUCCGGGAGCCAAAGAUUUGAGGACAGACAUCAUUAAUGCUUGGGUUCCAGCUACCCCAGCAAAGCCCAAUUUGCCGGAAUUGGAGCCUAUCAACCAGUUCAACCAAAUGCUUGGUAAUGGGCAUCAGUCAGUUCAACCAAACCUGGCAAAUUUCUGCAAUGAUCAAAGGAACGCAUCAGUACUUGGAGGGUUCUCACUGGAAAUCGACAGAUUGGAAGCAUCGGUUUCCUCAAGCUCCACUGUGCAAAACUUAUUAUUAGGAGAAAAUGUAGACAACUUCAGCUCUAUGUCAUUUCAGUCUCUCUUAGCACUUGCCGAAAAUUCAAAUUCACAUAAUGCAUUGAAUUCCCCCUUCAAUUCACAGAAUACAGAUGGAAAUUCUAGUUGCUCCCGAACCUCUUUCAAUCUGAAUCAUCCACCCAUGAGAGAUGCAGACUCUAGCAGCAACAACAGUUCACUUCGUUUUGCACCCAUUACCCCGGCUAAGAACAUAGGAACAGAGGAAAUGCUAAACUUGUCUCUAAGCAUUAAUGAGAUACAAGCAUCAAGUGGCAUAGAAGAAACUGUUAAAGAAAGUAAACUCCAUGAAAAGGAGGAGCUGUCGGUGCUGAUGAAAGAAGUAUCAGACUUGGUGGAGAAUCACAAGCCUGACAAGGAAGGGGAAUUGGGCACAGAUAUUAUUAAUAAUGAUAGUAACAAUAAUAAUAAGACACCACAGCCGAAACCAAGAAGAAAAAGACACAGGCCAAAAGUUGUAAUCGAAGGCAAAGCUAGAAGGAGAUAUGCACCAAGAACCCCAAACGCCACACCAGGUGCGGGGGAGGGGGCUAAGACUAAAAAGAGGAAGUACGUGCAGAGAAAUGGAGUAGACAGGGUUGCAGCCACUCCUUCAGAUGAGGGUUCAAAUGUAAUAGAUCCUGAAAAGAGGCCCAAUGACACUCCAACAGUGAGGAGAAGGGGUCCUAAAGGAAACCCAGGACAUGUAGCCACCCCUUCACUUGAAGGUUCAAUUGUAAUAGAUCUUGAAAAAAUGUCACCUGAUUCCAACAAGACCCCUAAAGUGAGGGGAAGGCGUCCUAAAAGAAAUCAAGGGCCAGCAGCCACAACUACUGAUGAGUGUUCAAACGUAAUAGAUCAUGAAAAAAUGGCAACUGGUUCUGAUGAGACCCUGAAAGUGAGGGGAAGGCGUCCUAAAAGAAAUCAAAAACCUGCAGCCACCCCUACAGAUGAGGGUUUAAACAUAAUAGAUCUUGAAAAUCUGUCCACUGGUUCCGACAAGACCCCAAAAGUGGUGAGAGGGCGAGGUAAAAGAAAUCAAAGGCUGGCAGCAGAAGAUGGUUCAAAUGUAAUAGAUCUGGAAAAAAUUCCCCCUUCUUCCAAUGAAACCCCCAAAGUGAAUAGAAAUUAUUCUCGAAUAAAUCAAGGCCGCAAGUCCCACAAAAAUCGCAUUGAAGAGAGCAGUGAAAGUACUCAACCAGAGGCAGUUUCUAGUCCUAGAGGAUCCUGCAAGAAAGCAUUAGAGUUUGAACAUGAGGAAUAUGAAGAUUUCCCUCAGCCAUCUCCAAGCUUUGGAAAUUCCAAUGUGCGGAGAAUCUGUAAAUUGAGUGGUAAAUCAAUCCCAGUCAUUGAACAAGAGUGGUCACAAGGUGCAGAACUAACUGAAUUGGACAUUACUACUCAACUACCAAACAUCAUGAAUGACGAGAAUAGGAAGUUUCUUUCACAGCAAGGGACACAAGUUCUUGAUCCUUUGACUCCCGGCAAGAUGGAUACCUCAUAUGACAAGUUGAUGGAUGGAAGUCCAGUGAGAGGAAAGUGUAAAAUCACUUUUUCAGACACAACUCACUACAUAUACAAAAAUAUGACAGAAAUGAAAAGGAACAUUGGAACACAAUGUGUGACUGGCAGCCAAAACAGCUCCUCCAACUUUUCCUUCAAUGCAUUAUUGACAGAGAAAACCACAGUAAGAGGGUCUAAAAGACAGCACCCUUGCUCCAGCGAAGCAAAACUGCACAGUACAAAUGGUGCUGGAAUUUAUGGGAACUCUUUGCAGGCAUACAGACAUGCUCUUCCACUCGGUGGAUACAACAUCGACAGAUACUCUGGGAUGCAUUUCCCUAUAAAUGAUACGAAGAAGAGAGGUGAAAAUGUAUGCAUCCCUGCAACAUCUUGUUCUAAAAACCUGACAACUGAUCCUUACCACAUGAUUCGAGCAUGUCAGUUUGGUGAUAAUGGCUCCUUGUCCAAUAAUGCUGCAGGCGGAGCUCAGUCUCUCAGGCAUCAUCUCCCAUUGAGCAUUGACAUGUCAGAAAGGAAGAGGUCGAAAGGCCUAUCUCGAGUGUGUGAUGUGGUACCCUCACAUCAGAUCUACAAUCAGUUCACGACUUCAUCCACAGAAACAACAGCAAAACAACAAAUGACAGUGUUUGAUAAAAGCAUGGGAACUCUUGUUGCUGAUGCUCACCCAGCAAUGGCAACAAAAACACAUUUAAAAAGAAACAGCUUCAACGGUCAUUUGCAUGCUAUGGCAUUGAGAGACAUUUCUCCAAUUGACGAAAUCACAGAACGGCUAAGACAUCUUAAUAUAAAUGGCGGUUGCCAAGUUCGGUACGCACUUGGUAAUAAUAACUCAAAUUCCCAAAGGGAAACUGCCCUUGUUCUUUAUCAAAGAGAUGGAACGAUUGCUCCUUUUGUGGAGGUAAAAAAGAGGAGACGCCGGCCAAAAGUUGAUCUUGAUGAUGAGACUACUCGAGUAUGGAAACUCUUGCUUCAAGAUAUAAACAGCCAAGGCAUAGAUGGAACGGAUGAAGAAAAGGAAAAAUGGUGGGAAGAAGAGCGAAAGGUGUUCCGUGGAAGAGCUGAUUCAUUUAUUGCUCGCAUGUGUCUUGUCCAGGGUGACAGACGCUUCUCUCCAUGGAAGGGGUCUGUUGUAGAUUCCGUUGUUGGGGUUUUUCUAACUCAAAAUGUUUCGGAUCACCUCUCCAGUUCUGCCUUUAUGUCGCUUGCUGCAAGAUUCCCGCCAAAAUCAAGUACCAGUGCACAAUUUUGUGAAGAGAGAACCAAUGUAAUUGUUGAAGAACCUGUUUGUGUGAUGGAUCCUGAUGACACAAUUGCAUGGCAUGAAGGUCCUUCAAACAAACCAAAUUCUGGUAAAGGUUCAGUGAUAUUCAAGGAGAUGGGUUGGAAUGAAGAAGUUAUCAACAGCGAGUUGACUGAAGAUACCUCCGCUUGCAUUAAGUCGGCAGAAAACUCUGAAGACAAAUGUUUUUAUUCUUUUGAAAAAGAUCCAGAUGUAUAUCACGGAUUAACAUUAGGUAGGCCAUCAAGUUGGAUGAAUAAGGAAGAGGUGAGUGCUCACAGCAGCCAAACAGAAACAGACAUUGUGCUGUCCUCUCAGAACUCUGGAGUCUUCUCACAUAAUUCUGUGGACUCCUCACAUAUUCAAACUGUUGACAGAAUUGAAACCAUCAGUUCUUACACUGGUCCUUUCUCCCAGCUAUUAGAGUUGGCCUCAACAAAAAAGCUACAUGAAUACAAUCAGGAAAACAGAUCAGCUAAUAUGGAUGUGCUAAACCAAGAUAUGGGGUUCCAGAAGAACAAGGAAGACGAUACGGGAUCUAUAGAUACAAUUGCUUCUUGCAGUACUGCUGACUUCCCACUAAAGGCCAACAUGGAAACACCAGGGGUAAGCUUUUUUGGCCCUCCACGGGAUGGUGACAAGCUUAAUGGUCACACAAGAGAACACUGUGCUCUCGAACAAAGUAGUUCAUCAACAAAAUUACCAAACCAAGCAACUAACCAGAAGAUCCUACCAGAGGAAAAUGACAAGGUUUGCAACAGUCAUCAAAUUGGGAUGAAUGUGAGAAUAGAUAAAGAUCCAAUAGUAGAUUUACAAGAAAGAAACUGUGAUCUGCUGCUAAAUCAAGAGUGUCCAACUUCUUUGGAGAUUCCUGAUAUUACAGAGAGAGUCAACACUGUUUAUUCACAAUCAAAUUCACAGGGUCAGGAUAAACAUCUUGAUACCAUUGAUAGAACAAACAGCAAGACCUCUAAAGGGAAAGGGGGGAAGCCUCGGAGAGAGAAAGAAGUAGAAAUUAAUUGGGACUUAUUAAGGGAAGAGGCUCAGUCAAGUGGCAAAAAAAGAGAGAGAACAUGGAACACAUUGGACUCAUUGGACUGGGAGGCAGUGAGAUGUGCAAAUGUCCACGAGAUUGCAGAAACUAUCAAAGAGAGAGGAAUGAACAACAUGCUAGCAGAAAGAAUACAGGAGUUUCUAAACAGGCUUGUAAAAGAACACGGUAGCACUGAUUUAGAAUGGCUCAGAGAUGUUCCACCAGACAAAGCGAAAGAGUAUCUAUUGAGCUUCAGGGGGUUGGGUUUGAAAAGUGUUGAGUGUGUCCGGCUUUUGACACUCCACCAUCUAGCUUUCCCGGUUGACACAAAUGUUGGGCGGAUAGCUGUAAGGCUUGGGUGGGUGCCUCUGCAGCCACUGCCGGAGUCACUGCAAUUGCAUCUUCUAGAGCUGUACCCUAUCUUGGAAUCCAUCCAAAAAUAUCUUUGGCCAAGACUCUGCAAGCUUGAUCAAGGAACACUAUAUGAGCUACAUUACCAUAUGAUUACAUUUGGAAAGGUGUUUUGUACAAAGAGCAAACCAAAUUGUAAUGCAUGCCCAAUGAGAGGAGAAUGCAGACAUUUUGCAAGUGCAUUUGCAAGUGCAAGACUUGCACUUCCUGCACCAGAGGAAAAAAGAAUUGUGAAUAUGUGUGAAAACAUACACGCUCAACAAAACCCAAAAGAGAAUACCAAUCUACUACAGCUGCCUUUUCCUGAGAGCAAUCCACAAUCAGUAUCACAUUAUGCUGUCAGUAACUCUCAACCUAUUAUUGAAGAACCAUCAACACCUGAGCCUGUAAUUGAAAUUCCUGCCACACCAGUGCAAGAGCAAAUACCAUCAGAACCUGACAUUGAGGAUGCAUACAAUGACGAUUCUAAUGAAAUUCCUACUAUUAAUCUAAAUCUGAUUCAGUUUGCUCAAAAUGUAAAGAUGUACGUGCAAAACAAUAUGGAACUUAAUCAUGUUGAGAUGUCAAAUGCUCUGGUAGCAUUAACUCCGGAAGCUGCUUCUAUUCCGAUGCCUAAACUUAAAAACAUUAGCCGGCUUAGAACUGAGCAUCAUGUCUAUGAGCUUCCAGACAAUCAUCCACUUCUAUGUGGGUUGGAAAAACGAGAUCCAGAUGAUCCCUGCUCUUACCUUCUGGCCAUAUGGACACCUGGUGAAACUGCAAGCUCUAUUCAACCUCCAGAGAGGCUAUGCGAUUCCCAAGACUUGGGCAAGCUAUGUCAUGAGGAAACAUGCUUUGCCUGCAAUAGCAUACGUGAAGCACAAUCUCAAACUGUUCGGGGAACUAUUCUGAUACCCUGUCGAACCGCAAUGAGAGGAAGCUUUCCCUUAAAUGGCACAUACUUUCAGGUCAAUGAGGUAUUCGCUGAUCAUGAAUCCAGCCUACAACCAAUUGAUGUUCCGAGAACUUGGCUGUGGGAUUUACACCGAAAAACUGUUUUCUUUGGAACCUCAAUACCAACAAUAUUCAAAGGCCUAUCAACAGAAGAUAUCCAACACUGCUUCUGGAAAGGGUACGUUUGUGUUAGAGGAUUCGAACGCAAGACCCGGGCUCCUCGACCACUAAUGGCCCGACUGCACUUUCCUGCCAGCAAAAUGGCUAAAACAAAAACCAGUAGGGACGAAGCCUAGGCAUUGAAGCUUAGACAUUGACCGGUUUAUGUAGCCAUUGUUGACAGUCAUAUCAUCAUAGCAGUUCAUAACAGAAGGCACCAUAUCAUUUCAUGAUAUCGAGCUGCUUUAUAGAAAUAGGCAUUUAGAUGUAAAUAUAUUUGGAACAUUUGAGUGAUGAUGUAACCAUUUGUUUCUCAAAAUUAUGUUUCACUGAUGUUCUUGUAGACAGGGAAGAGAAAUACCAAAGUAACGGCCAAAUUUUAGGAGUAUAUUAUAUUGACUUCAAUUUUUUAAAAUCAAACUGCUAUUCUAGU